AUGCUGCGUCGCGUGCGACUUCUGCGCUCGCCCAUCGACGAGCUCACCAUCACUGGGAGCCGCUGGUCGCGUCUGUUGGCGCGGGCGGUGCGCGAGAACGCCGCGAAGCCCCCCAAGUCGCCGGCCCCGGCGCAGUGCAUCACGCUCAUCCCGACCCUCCACGUCGCAUCGGUGGAGUUCUACGACAAGGUGCUCGACUACAUGGUGCAGGCGGUGAAGCAGCGGGACAACGUCGUCAUUCUGCUCGAGGGCAUCUGCGACAAUGAGGAGGGCGAGGUGCAGCAGAUGGAGGAGUACUUUGAGAUUGCGCGGAACGAGGAGCUAAAGGCCAUCAUGCUGCAUAAAGCCGAUCAGAACACGCUCUACAACGAGGAGACAAUGAAGGCCAUAUGCGAAGAGCUCUCCGUCAAGUACGAGCCCCUCGUGAAGGCACAGGCAACGGUGCGUCUGCAGGAUUUCUACUUGAAACCGAAGAUGGCUGCGCUUGUGGGCGGCUACCUGCGCAACGAUGCGGACCUCAACAUGAAGGAGGUGGAGGCGCUGCUGCUGGAUGAAAACAGCAGCGGCAGCGGCAACGGCGACACAUGCAUUCCUAUCAGUCGUCUCGGGGUCCACCCCGCUGUGCGUGGUCGCCGCGAAGCGAAGGUGGCGAAGGCGGCGCAGUUGCGGUGUGUGGAGUGGUUCCACCGCGAGUGCGACGGUGAAGUGAUUGUGCCGUGGGGCUUCUACCACGCAGAGGGCAUCAAGCACAACAUCCUCGCAAUGAACGCACAUGACGCGGACGUUGUGUUUGUGGAGAGUGACGAUACGCUUUGCCGCGUGCCCUUCGGCGUCAGCAAGGAGUUGCUGGCUUGA